UCUCGCUCUCCGCUCCCUCCCAUUCUCUUUUCUUUUCUCUUCUUUAUUUCUUUUUCUUUCACCUUCUCCGUUCCUCUUUCCAACAAAACAACCUUCAUUUUCUUUCUUUCUCGUUUUCUCCGAGGAUACCACCGGUAACUUCUUUUUCCAGCUCACCCCAAUUCCUCCAUUCUCCAUUUGAUUCCUCUUUACACCGGCACAGUUGCCGGUAAACGGUAAAAUCAAGCAUCAAAGCAAACCAAGGAAAGCUUUCUUAAUUACUAGUUUCGGUUUAUCAUGUAAAAUUCAUCUUCUUCGUCUUCUUCUUAUUAUUAUUAUUAUUAUUACUGCUGCCUUGCUAUUGUUAGCUAGCUAUGACCACCUUGAAUAAGAUAUGCACGGCACUUACCAUUGUCUUCGCCGUCUCUUUGAUUAUUCUGGUGGCUGAGAUUCUCUAUGUGCUCUGGCGUCGAAGAAGAUUUCGGAGUCGGAACCUUUCUAGCCGUGACGUUGAGUUCAGCGAUGAGCCAUACUAUCCAACGCCAUCAAAAGAGUUACUGUAUUUCUUCUGCUGGAAGAACCAGAACUCGCGCAUCGAACCUGAUGCAGAAACAACAGCAGCAACUGCUACGGCUCCACCACUUCCACCGAAUACGCCGACGGAUGCGGAUGUGGAUGAGAUGCUAAAGCGGCAUGCACUGUACGGGCCUUCUAGGGUUUUGUUCACUAUAAAAGAAGAGGAGAGAGAGGAGAUGGAGACAGAUUUUUCUUCUCCUGCAGAGAACGAAGAGAGGAAAGGGAAAAAGAAGAAGAGGAAAUCGAGGACCUUCUCUUUGGAAGAGGUUGCAGUUUCUGCUAUGGUGAUUGACAUAGAUGAUUCGACACCGUUUUCUACUCCGUGUGCUUCGCCUCCUUACUAUACUCCGUCACCAUCUCCAGCUCGUGACAGAAAUUCGCCACACUCAUCAUCCGAAAACAUAGUUCUAGACGAAUGACGUUUCUGGUGAUAAAAACGGCGUCGUUGUUUAACAUAGAGAUUCACACAAACAUACAAAGUAUCUCCGGAAAAAUGUUCCAGCCGGAGAAAGAAUGGCCGGAGUAAUCAUCAUCGACCGUUUUGUCUUGUAUGUAUUUUUACCCUAAUUUCCUUUUCAGUGUAAUUUCUCGGGGUAUGAUGGCCAAGUAGUUCGUUCUGAUGUUGCCACGUCAGCAUAAGUGGUGGGGUCAAGAGACGUGGCAAAAUCAGACUGUGGAGUGAAGGAGGCAUUAGCAGGAAGUACAUUCUGAUAGCCGUUGGCGUAACGUAAAUAUAAUAAAUUCUGACCUAAUUAUUGUCCAUAGUUAUGGGCCUUUAUUAUUACCUCGU